AUGGGCCCUGUAUCUCCGCAGUGUCAGGACCUUGAACUCCCUCACGGCGUGAGUUUCAACUUCGUCUUAUCACUUCUCAUCCUCAUCGGAAUUCUAGUCUCCUACCUCCCCCAACACCUCCGAAUCAUCCGGCUACGAAGCUCUUUCGGCUUGUCACCUUACUUUGUCCUCCUCGGAACGACGUCCGGAACCGCGGCCUUUGCAAACAUAUUAGUUCUCCCUCGGAGCGCGCACGAUGUAGCUUGUUGUCGAGAGAUUUCGGGCGUGUCAUGUUUUGCGGGGUUGUUGGGCAUAUUUCAGGUUGGGGUGCAGUGUUUGUCGUUUUAUGUUAUUCUUCUUCUGUUCCUGAUUUACUUUCCUCGAGCAACUUCCUUGACGAAUCCUACAACAUCCGCCGAAUCAGAAACCGAACCAAACGGAAAUGGGAAUGCCGACAACGACGAUAAACUACCGAGCUAUAGCACAGCCGUCAUUGUAUCCAUCGCCUGUCUCGCCCAUGCCGUGAUCGUGCUCAUCAUCUCACUUGCUGUAGCCAUCAAACACCCUUCCAAUCUCCAAGCAUGGGCCAAUAUUCUAGGAAUCAUGUCCGCCGUCCUCGCGUCCAUCCAAUACUUCCCCCAAAUAUACACGACAUUCCGUCUGCAAAAGGUCGGUAGUCUGAGUAUUCCCAUGAUGUGUAUCCAGACACCUGGUAGUCUAGUCUGGGCCGCUAGUCUGGCACAAAGAUUGGGUGCUGAGGGAUGGAGUGCGUGGGGAGUGUAUGUUAUUACUGCUAUGUUACAAGGGACCCUUCUCGUCAUGGGUAUUUACUUUGAGUACCUGGGACCGAAGAAGGAUAUCAUCGAGCAUCCGUUUAUAGGUGACGAGACUCCAUCCGCCAUUGAAGAGAAUGAUCAACAACCAACGGAGAAUACACCUUUGUUAUCCGAGCAGCAAUGA